UCAUGGGUGAUUUCUGCUGCAUGAAGGCGGACGUCCAACUGGUAAAUGGCGCUUCCUUGCGUUAAUACGAAGAACUGCAUUUGUGAAUUGUUCAGAAAAUCCUCGUUGUGUAACUAGGUUUUCGCGCGCACCCACUCCUCUGACGACAUAGGCCGAACCCGGAAAACGGUUCUUGUGUAAGCGUCCUUUCAUUCAAAGUCCUACCUAUAGAUUAAUAACGGGGGUGUCCCCUGUACUACACAACACGAGAUUGAACCGCACGUUUAAAUUGUGACACUAGUUUAGUUUAUCUUAUGCAUUUACUGGUUUAGUCAUGCCGACCUCCCCUGUUAAGACACGGAUCCCUCUGACCAGCUUCGGUCAUCUCAUCACAGAAGUGAAGAGACAACUGUUUGGCAUUGAGGCGCCAGCUGCAGUGGAUCUGAUUGGAUGGAAGAAAUACUUCAACAGCUACACACUGCAGGGGCGGCGUAAUUGUGUGUUGGCAACUUAUGGUGUCUUGUUCUGUUCAGUAUCGGCCUAUUGGAUGUACAGACAAAGAAAACAAGAGCCGCCCACACCAACGGUCUAAACUAAGGAUUGGUCUACUCCUCCUCUUUCAGUUCUUCAACAUUGUUUGUAUAAAUAAAACCCAGCUGUGUGCCUAGAACCUUCUACCUCUAAGUCAUUUUGUAGAUGUGGAAUUUGUGUGUUGAAUUGUGUUUUUUCUUUUUUAAAUUGGAAGAAUCCAACAAUGUUUGUCUGUAUGCCAACACAUCAGGCCAGGCUAAUAAUAAAUAAAAACAUUCUUAAGUGUUUUUAAUUCUACAUUUUUGUAUAGUGGCAAGUAAUUAGAUAAAUUGCGUCAGACUUCGGAUCCUUACUGAUUAACAUGAUGGUUUUCUGAGCAAAUGUCUGCAAAUUGACUAACGUUUUUAUGAUUUUAGACCAGCAAAAACAGUUUCGUUAUAAUAGUAUAGGACCAAAUAAUACAUAAUUUCUUCGAAGGAUAUGUCGAGACGUUUUUUAAACAAAUGACAUGAUUGUCAUUGCGACGCCAAAAAGCAUUAAAUCCCUAAUUGCAGACGACUGCAAGUAUAUAGGUGACUUGACAUGACAUGGAUUUCUCUGAAACCACGUGAUAUGCCUGCAAAAGCAAAAACGAAAGUUUAGACCCAACUGCAAAGUGCAGGGGGACAUGACUAUGUGAUAGCGUAGGUUGUGCCGAUGGCAAAUAUAUGUUGGAAAUAUAUGUGUAGCAAAUAAAAAAACAAUAUAAUUAAGGCGCUCGAAGAAAAGGGGGACAAGACGCUGUGUUUUCUCUUUUCAAAUGACUGGACUAUUUCACUAUCAGUAACCAAACUCCACCCACUUAUUACAAAACCUUUGCACAUUUAAACCGAAAGCUCACUAACGUUUUGUGAUAACGUUUGGUCGCGGGAGUCAUUUUCUCUCCUAUUUUUAUUUAUAAAUUGCACAAUUGAUUUAAAAAUAUAUAAGGUUGUACGUGCAUUUCAUGAACGAACUAUACUCUCCCAACGUAAAUCGUGAGAACUGAAGCUGCCAGCCGGAAAAAGUCCAAGUUGCCUUCUGGACAUCCUGAAUGGGUUUGGGGUGCGAAAGUGUCGGGAAUGACAGAUGUUCUUCCCAAGAGAACGUCGCUUUGAAGUGGGUCGUAGGUGGCCAAGUGCUGGGGUCUCCGCGAUAGAAUUAUCCAUGUCAGUCUGGCAAGACGAAGAGACUCGGCCCUCAGGCAGAACCUCAGAGUAGUGAUACUGGACCCAUAUCCAGUCAGACCAUUCGAAGGCGAGGGGACAAAGAAGACAGACAAAAUUGAACGGGAAGGUGUAAAUGGGUUACUACAUUGGCACCGUUUCCUCGCCCGGCAACAGUCAAAGAAUGACGAGGACGCUCAGAGCAGGUGGAGACAGGAAGGGCCCGUUCAUCUGAACUGCCCCACACACUUCCUGCCAUUCAGAAGCCCGGGGGAAUAUCAACUGGUCAAACAGACCUACCUGUUACUUCAAAGCAGUGGUUUCUACUGGGGCUCUCUCUCCAUGGGGGAUGCCCAUCACAUGCUCAGAGAAACCGCCCCGGGAACCUUCCUCAUCAGGGACAGCUACCAGUGCAACGUGUUCUUCACGCUGAGCUACCAAGGGGAAGACCACCCCAAGAGCAUCCGUCUGCUGCUGGCCAAUCACCUGUUCGGCAUGGACGGCAGCAGCAAGACUUUUGGUUCGCUGUUUGCCCUGCUGGUCCACUACAUCACCUCCUCCAAGAAGAUCGUGGCGCCGUACCGCUGGCAGCGGCCUGAGACGCUGCAGCAGCUGGGCAGGAGGGCGGUGAUCCGGGCCCACGGGGCCCACGCCAUCGACUCUCUGCCUGGACUCAGUGCCCAGGUUAGGGCCUACCUCCACGCCUACCCGUUCUGGGUGUAGGGAGGCGGCCAGCGGGGACACAGAUACAUUGGUUAAGGCCCUUGGGGGAUGUGCGUAUCAUUAGCAUGCUGUACUUGAUGGGA